CAUGCGCAGGAGAAGCUCAGCUCUGCAGGUAGAGGAGGACUCCUGCCUGUCUGCCGUCUCUUGUGGGCCUGUCUGUGUGUUUUGGGGGGCCGGGUCAUGAGACUGCGGGGCUGGGUCUCCUUCAGUAAGCUCGCAGCUGGUUCUCUGUCCUCAGCAUCCUGGAGGAGGAAGCAGCCGCAGGCAGCAGCAGCAGCGACUCUCUGCAGACAGAAACACGUGUGUCUCCUCAGUCAGUCCGGAGCCAACAUGGCAGAGGAGGCGAAGAAACUGGCCGCUUACGCUGCUGUGGAUAACCACGUCCAGAACAACCAGGUGGUCGGAGUCGGCAGCGGAUCAACCAUCGUGUACGCUGUGGACAGAUUAGCUGAGAGAGUUCGUCAGGAGAAGCUCAACAUCGUGUGUGUGCCGACCUCCUUCCAGGCCCGUCAGCUGAUUCUGCAGCACGGCCUCACUCUGUCGGAUCUGGACAGGCACCCAGAGCUGGACGUGGCGAUCGACGGGGCAGAUGAGGUGGACGCAGAUCUCACGCUGAUUAAAGGUGGAGGCGGCUGCCUGACUCAGGAGAAGAUCGUCGCCGGCUGUGCUAAACAUUUCGUUGUCAUCGCCGACUACAGGAAGGACUCGAAGGCUCUGGGCCAGCAGUGGAAGAAGGGAGUUCCUAUCGAGGUGAUCCCCAUGGCGUACGUCCCCGUCUCCAGGACGAUAGCCAAACGCUUCGGAGGGGAAGCCAACUUGCGGAUGGCUGUCAGUAAAGCUGGUCCCGUCGUCACCGACAACAGCAACUUCAUCCUGGACUGGAAGUUUGAGACGGCUCAGAACUGGAAGGACGUCAACACCGCCAUCAAGAUGAUCCCAGGUGUGGUGGAGACGGGGCUUUUUGUCGGCAUGGCUGAACGAGCCUACUUCGGGAUGGAGGACGGAAGCGUGCAGAUUCGGGAUCCUCCAGUCAACUGAGUCGUCUGCCGUGAUCUCUCACCUCCUCGUGAAACGACCUCCACAUUUUACUCACAAGUGCCCCGGUCGCGAUUUACUCCCUGGUCUCCGGCUGUGUUCAGACGAAGCUGCACCUCCUGCAGAACUGGACAGAAACUGUAGCAGGGACGAUUUCACACCUCUCAAAAACCAGAAACCAGUGAGAAUCACUUGAUUUUUCUCAUCGCGCAGGUGGUGCUUCUGAGUCUGUGAGUUUUAUAGUGCCUGAUGAGUCAAAUCACGUGCAUCUCAUAUUCAUAUAUAUAUACUUUUCUUUUCCAGUUUGGCCUCCUGGUCUCUCUGGGAAUGUUGGCUCUUCCUGUAAUUACCGGGUUUGACUGAAUGUCUGCAGCACUGUGGUGAAUCACUGCAGCGCUGCAGAAAGAAACUAAAGGUGUGCCUUGAGAUUAUACUUUAAAUCCUAUUAAAAGAAAUGACGCUAUUAAAGGUACAUUUGCAAAUCUCAUAAUCAUACAUCAAACUACUGUCGUCUCCCCGGCUGCUGCAGAAUGUCCACCAGUCAUGUGAGCAGUCAGACGGCUGAUAUGCCUUCUAGUGUUUUCUGUUUAAUUAGAUCACAGGAGGGGGAGGAAUCUGAACUGUACACUACAACAUAAAGAAGUUUUAAUUUCUCUAAUUAAUAUGCUAAUUUAAACAGCAACAGGCUCUGAAAAUUAAUGAGAUCUGUGGCAAUUUAGGGGAAGCCCUGCGGUGCAGGUGUGAAGCUUCUGCCACUCGGUCAUUGUGUUACGGAGACAUGAAACGCUGUGAUGAGACAAAGAUCGAAGUGUGGAAUUUAACCAGCCGAAACGAAAAUUUAGUAGAACAGAAACGUGCAAAAUGGGUCAUGUGAGCUUUUGUAGCAACAGGUUGAGAACCAGCAAACCUCAGGACGAGCUGAAAACCCUCCCGUCACUGUGAGAGGAUCCACUUCCUGUUGAUGAAACAUACAAUCGCUGCAGCCGCACAUGAUCAUGUGACCUCAUCUCAAACAUGCAGCUGCACUCACAAACACAUUUACAUCCUCUUCAUCAGGAAUUACAGGUUACACGUGUGAAAUGGACAUGAAUACAUGAGAGGAUUUGCAAAGCUGGCGAAAAUGUUGGUUUAUUCAGUCCACAGGCCAGAUACUGAUCUGCAAGCAUGAUUCUGUUUAUCUGUUGAACUUUAGCAUGUAGCCACCGGUGCUGUGGGGGGAAAAAAAAAUCUGUGUUUUUCUGCUGUGAGAGACGACAGUGGAAAUCUCUUGUGGUUUCUGUGGAGUUAAACUCCACCAGUCAGGAGGGUUAAAGUCUGCAGCCUGUCACUGUUUGACAACAAAACAAACGUACUUUCAUGCAUGUUCCUCCUCCUCCACUGUGUUGGUCGUCUUUUCUGUGCCUGUACGUUUUGGUUUUUUUUUCUUGCAUGACUGAUUCCGGUCACAGGACGUCUUGUGCCAUAAUUUUAAACACGGCUAUAGAAAGAAGUGCGGAACAUUUAGAAAUAACGACGAUGGGCAGUUAGGCUAUAAAAUGGCCGCAGUUAACGGUGAACUGAUGUAGCUCAAACGACACCACAUUUAUAUUUUAUGUGCCUUGGCACCUCAAAGCAAUAGAACAUCCUUCUUUUUUUUAUUCAGAUGUAGCUCAAUUAAUUGGUUAUAAUUUUAUAGUUUGAAUCAAAAAUGUUACCAAACAACCAGGAGAUUAAAAUAUUUGCCUUUCUUUACAAGAAGGAUACGUUUAUUAACCGUCCAGAACAAAACAUUGUGAUAGUUUGUCAUUUUUUUCCAAAAUGACUGAUAUCUCUGUCUCUGCUUUUGGCUCACAAUGCCUUACACUCUGGUUCUAUUGUUAAAGUUUCAGUUUUUAGACUCAGGAGAACAUUUAUGACCGGAAAUGUUUUAUACAAUCAAGCAAGUCGGCUGACAUGAUUGUCUGCGGGUUUCUAGCUACAGGGGCGAUCAGAUUCUGUUUUAAUUCUGCUCAAUUAAAUCAAACGACAGUUGGAUGUUGCAACGUGAACUGAAAUGAACAAUACGUUUUGGAUAUUUUUGCACCAGCAUUUCUUUUGAUUCCUUUCUUUACAAUUUGACUGUGAAAAUGAUUUUAAUGUGAUGGUACUAUUUUUCUUUUUUUCUUUGUCAAACAAUACAGGACCAAAAAAUUAUAA